GGUGGCGGCAGUAGAUGCAGAGCCAUCAGGAGGAGCCUCAUGAGCCACCAGCAACAGCCUCCUCCACCCCCUCGGCCACCACCCCCUCUAUACUUCCCCUCCCUCUAUGACCGAACCACACAGAGUACCACCCUUGCUGAUUGCAGCCUUUGGAGGAAGCUCUUUGUGCCACUGCGAGGAGGGGAAACAGGGUCAGCUGGGCCUCAGAGACCUCCACCUGGGCUUGGACUCCUCCCACCCGCCAAUGAGCGCUGCUGCCCACCCCCCUGGCCAGCUGGUCUGGCCCCCAUCCCCUAUGAGCCAUUGCGCUUCUUCUGUCCUGCUGCUGACAGCACACCCCAGCGUGGAAGUGGGGCGCAUCAGCAGCAACAGCCAGAUGGAGAGAUUUGUGAGCUUGGCAUCCGCCUGAAGGAACUGGAGCUGCUGGCACUCACUGGGGAUGGCUCAGACCCACAGCAAUGUGAGUAAUCCAAAGGCUGAGAUCUCAAAGCCUCUUUGUACAACCCUACCAAAUAUCCCUGAGGCUCUCUUGGUCUUGUACCAUAAUGAUCCAGACAUGUACCCUAACCAUCCAGCCCAAUGUCUUAAAUGUAAUACACAUGAAAGAUUUGGGGACAUUGAACAUGACAUCUUACCCCUGCAAUCCAUCCAGAUUUUGAGCUAUUAUACACCCUUUUCUUUCUUAGGUCCCCCCCCCACACACACAAUAAGCUUAGAUAAAGUCACUUAUUUGUUCUUUUCCUAAGAGUACUUAAGCUUUUUAAUCUGAAGUUGUUGUUUUUUUGAAGUGACAGACAGGGUUUCUCCAUUCCACCCACCCCACCCUUAACAUUCUAUAAUAAAUCAGUAAAGAGAUAUUCCAAAUUGGUCCAAACUACAGCAGAACUUGAAAGACCCAUUGAUAAAAAUAUAUACCAAGUCACUCUCUACACAGACACAUUCUAUGGAUGCAAUUAAAUGACCUGAAAUUUCUUAUUGUUAUUCUAAUAACAGAUUUAAAUGCCCUGAGAAACGUUCAAACUUUCUAAUGCAUCAUCCAAGUGUUUUAGCCAAAAGAUUGUAGCAGUUUCAAAACGGAUUUUCAUUUUGUAAAAGUCCGGUUUGCUAAUCUGAGAAAAUAUUUUAGAACCUCUUCCAGAUAUUUGUGCAAAUGAGCAAUAGGCUCACCCCAGAAAUAUUGACGACCAUUUCAGAUACCAACCUGGAGGUCUUGCACAAGAAAUAGUCUUAAAGGCUUUAACAUUAAGAUGUGGGUGGUUUGUUGUGGCAAGCAAGCAGCCCAGGUAAGCUGUAGAGGUUUAGUGAAAUCUGAGGGGAGAGCAGGAGGGAGGGGUGGCGUUGGUCAAGGGUGUGGAUGGAGGUGGGAGUAGAUGGGCUUGGUGAGUGAUGCAAGCAGGGAACAGCCCCUUGUGUGUCUGUGUGUGGAUAAAUAGAUAUGGAUGGACACUUUAAGUCUUGUUUCAUUGCUGCUAUUUACAUAUAUAUUUAGUUUUAAUGUUUCUUGUUAUUUCUGUUUUUAUUUUGCAAACCAUUUUGAGACACCUUGGGUACAAAUAAAUGAUCUGGAAGCAUCCCCCAGUCAGAAGUGGAGCACCUAUUUCCUCUUCUUUAUUUAGCCCCAGUUUUUAUUUAAAAAAGAGAGAGGACUCAGUCAGAACAAAAGAGGGCAGGAAGAAGAAAGCAAUCCAUUUUUAAAAAACAAACAGUUUGUGUCUCCCUUUAAGAAAUAACAUAGAACAUUAAGAAAAGACAAUGAGUGCAUUCCAUUUGUGGAGUCUCUCUACCAAUGGCCAUUGAAAUGUAUGUGUUUAUUAUUAUUUUAACUUUGUUAAAGGCUAGAAGGCUGGUAAUUGAUCUGGCGGGUGGGGGAAGUGUUGGCCCUGUUUGACAUUUACUGGGAUCUCAAUGUGAAUAGAUUGAAGGGACAUUUAUACACAUGUGGUGGAGUUGUAAGAAAGCCAAAGAGUAUUGGGAGAUGAUAUGUUGUUGUUUGGUCGUUUAGUCGUGUCCGACUCUUCGUGACCCCAUGGACCAGAGCACGCCAGGCACUCCUGUCUUCCACUGCCUCCCACAGUUUGGUCAAAGGGAGAUGAUAUACUCAGAACUAAAAAAGAUGUUAAGGAUCUCAUUUCCCAAGAAACCAGAGAUGUACUUACUAAAUAUAGUAGGGGGGAAAUACCCAAGAAAGUACUUAGUCUUUUCCUUUAUGCAAUAAUAGUGGCCAGAAUAAUUUGUGCUCAAAGGUGGAAGGACAAAAAUAGUCCCACAAAAGUAGAAUGGCAGAAUAAACUAAUAGAAUAUGCUGAGCUAGCAAUGGUAACUGCAAAGAUAAGAAAUCAGGAUGAGUCAGAUAUAAAAGAAGAGUGUGAAUACUUUGGCAAAGAAAUAUAACAAUCAGAUAAACCAAGUGGGGUUAGAUAUAUGAGCAGCAGUUAAAAAUAAGCAGAAGAGGAGUGGUAAUUAAGGAAAUGCAGCUUAAUAAGAACUAAAUAAGACCUCCACAGAGGGAUGUGUGUGGAAGUUGAAGAGUGUAAGUUAAAUGAUGACAAUUGUAUAAUCGAUGUACAAAGAUAUAUAAAAUGCAUUAAAAAAAAAUACAUUUACUGGGAUCUCAGAAAUGGAGAGAAUUUGAGGCAAUAUUAGCAUGAAGCCAGUCAAACACUUUGCCCCAGUUUUGGAAGUACAGUGGUGCCCCGCAAGACGAAUGCCUCGCAAGAUGGAAAACCCGCUAGACGAAAGGGUUUUCCCUUUUGGAGGUGCUUCGCAAAACGAAUUUCCUAUGUGCUUGCUUCGCAAGACGAAAAUGUCUUGCGAGUUCCUGCGGGGUUUUUUUCCUCCCCCCCCCCUUUUUCCCAAGCCAAACCGCUUAUCAGCUGAUGGCUAAGCCGCUUAUCAGCUGAUCUUUAAGCCGCUUAACAGCUGAUGCUAAGCCGCUUAUCAGCUGAUGGCUAAGCCGCUUAUCAGCUGAUCUUUAAGCCGCUUAACAGCUGAUGCUAAGCCGCUUAUCAGCUGAUCUUUAAGCCGCUUAACAGCUGAUGCUAAGCCGCUUAUCAGCUGAUCGUUAAGCCACUUAUCAGCUGAUCUUUAAGCCGCUUAACAGCUGAUGCUAAGCCGCUUAUCAGCUGAUGGCUAAGCCGCUUAUCAGCUGAUCUUUAAGCCGCUUAACAGCUGAUGCUAAGCCGCUUAUCAGCUGAUGGCUAAGCCGCUUAUCAGCUGAUCUUUAAGCCGCUUAACAGCUGAUGCUAAGCCGCUUAUCAGCUGAUCUUUAAGCCGCUUAACAGCUGCUGCUAAGCCGCUUAUCAGCUGAUCGUUAAGCCGCUUAUCAGCUGAUCUUUAAGCCGCUUAUCAGCUGAUCGUUAAGCCGCUUAUCAGCUGAUCUUUAAGCCGGCUAAGCCGCUAAUACUGUAGCGCUAAGCCGCUAAACCUCUAAUGGGCUUGCUUCGCAAGACGAAAAAACCCGCAAGACGAAGAGACUCGCGGAACGGAUUCUUUUCGUCUUGCAAGGCACCACUGUAUAUCAUUGAUCCUUAUUACAAGACUUGGUGGGUAUCCUUUAACAUUUUAGUCUAAGACACAGUUUCUCGGCCUGGUAAAUGUGUGAAAAUGUAGUCUAUCCACCAAGGGUCUUACACAAAAGAAUAAAAUAGGGACUGUAAAGACUUUGAAACAGCAAAUGUCCUGUACUAAUUAAUAUGAAGAUAGAUAAUGACUUUCAGUGGAUACUGGUAUAAGGUAGAACAGAAAAAAGCAUUAUAAAAUCUCUUGAAUGGAGCCAAUACUUGUAUAAAUAAGGAGUGCACACUGUAUGGAAUAUAGCAAUAAACAUGCAUAGGAUCAGGUUACUCUGUGUAUUUAUCUGUGGAGGCAGUGGUUGUGGGGAUCACAGGAUGCAGGGGCAGAUUUAGGGCUGUGUGAGCAGUGCACACACUGGACACUGAGCUGAGGUGAAGCUGUCUCAAAGCCAAGUAAGAAAGGCGCUGGGCUUUGGGAAGGAGGUGUGAGGGCUCUGACAGGGUCCUAAAGUCCUCCUACCCAAAGCCUAGUUUCCCAGCUUUGGAAAGUAAGUAGGUGGGCUCUAGGACCCUGUCAGAGCCUUGUGCCUCCUUCCCAAAGCCGGGCAUCUCCUUAACCACCUUUGAGAAGGUAGCUCAAGGAUGCAGGAUGGGGGGAGGGCAAAUUUUGCACUCACACAGGGUGCCAAUGUACCCAGUUCCAUCACUGCUGGAUGGUUUGCAUUUCUUUAAGUGAAAUAAUGCACACCGAAAUCUCAGAGUAGGAGAGACCUUAAGAUCAUUAAGUCCAGGGUCUUAAAUUACCUGGCUGCACCGCUGAUAAUGACUAUUUAUUUUUUAGUAAUAGUUAUAUUUUAUUGAAGUGAUUUCAAUUAAAAGAAAUAAAGGGAUACAGGGAAAAAGAAGGAAAGGUGAGGGGGGAGAAAAAAGAACAACAAAGAUACGUAAAAAGUGUGUGUGAGAGAGAGAGAGUGUGUGUGUGCGCGCGCGCGUGCGCACACACACACGCAAAAAUGUAAUAUAUGAUAUUCCCAUACAUUCUUAUAUAUAUAUAUUUACUUUAGAGUAAAUAAAGUGCUGGACUAGGAUCCGUGAGAUCCAGGUCCAAAUCCCUACUAGGCCAUGAAGGCUGUACUUUAAUAUCACUACAUCAAAGGUCAGUAUUAAUCAGGAGUCAUGUGCUUGGAUUUUGCAUUCUUUUCUCAAAGGACUGUGCAUUUGCAUUUGUGGUUGAUGACUAACAUGUGUCAUGUUCCAUCCCUGUUUCUAGAUAAGCUUCUGAAGGCACUGAAAGAUGAAAAGACGCAAGAUGUGAUGACAGGACUGACUCUGAAGAAACAUUUGCCGGCAUCAUGAGGGCUAUUUACGUCUAGCCUCACCUUCUUCUAAUGGACUCAUUUGUAUUAUGCAUGCUUCUAAUGACUCUUCCUUUUUAAUCCUACACUGCUGAUGUGGAAAUUUCCAACUUAUUCUUCAAUUAGCAUUUUGUACAUUUCCCCA